AUGGAUAUUGAGACAGCUAACGCUAUUGCAGAUGAAGAACCAUUUUUCCUCACCCAACAGAACACUGCCCGCCCGCUCGCUCAAGUUCGAUCGGCCAACGGUGAGAGCUUUGGACUCCUUCACCGGAACGACACCGAAAAUGAGGAUCUGAGGGGAGUGAUUGACGAUCUUACCAUUGAGAACAAGAGGUUGAAACAUCUGCUGAAAAAUGCGCCUGGCAAUAAGAAAACCUUUACAUCCAGCCCAGAUAAAAUUCUCGAGAUUCGUACGCAUGGGCUGCCACCGGACAAGAAGCGAGAACUGGAACAACUCUUGAAGAAAUUUACCCUUGGAAUCACCGAGGCUAGCCCUUCGUUCGCAACCGAUUUCAUCGAUCCUGCAAGCAACCAUGCAGGUUCGAAAGCGACGCUUCCCACUACGACUACAUCCGCAAUUGAUUCGGGGUAUGCCUCCAACACUACGUCAGCAGUCAAACCAGCGUCGAAUGCUACGGAUCCCGUCACCCAUGGUAAUAGAGACAGAGAAAUAAAGGAUUACCUUCACGAUAUUCCCAACUCUCUUCUUCCAAAGAGCACUCUUGCUAUCAAUGAAGAUGCGAGAAUGGCAUUGGUGGUGCAGCGGCUCGAACAACUCUUUUUGGGCAAAUCUGCAGUCCCGGGCGAACACAGCUUUUCGGUUCAACAGCAAAAAAUCUCUCGAUCAGCCGCACGAGCGGACCGUCGAGAAGACAUGAAACAAAACAGGGCUAUCAGUGGCAAAGGUUUACGUGAAGCGAUGAUGCUACCCCAUGACACCAAAGCGGUUCUUGAACUUGGUGGGGAUGAAUGCAAUAGCGGACCAGCUGAUGUUAAGCCCAAACACGACCCAGGAUCUGAAUCGACAUCAGAUGCUGCCGGUGCUUCUGAAGAUAGCUCUCCUAGCCAGCGACCUACUCGACCACUUGAUCUCGAUAUCGAACGUGCCCAAAUCGUGGAGGAUAAUAUCAAUUAUAUUCGGCAUCUCGGAUUUACGACACCUCCCGAAAGCCACUCAGGUGAUAAGAAGGAGCAGCCAUGGAUCUUUCUGAAUCUCUUGGUCGGUAUGGCGCAGUUACAUACACUGAACGUUACGCCCGCUUUCAUUCGCAAAGCUCUGAAGAAGCUAAGUUCUCGGUUCGAGAUCUCGGAGGAUCAGCAGAAAAUCCGUUGGAAGGGAAGCUACGGUGAGAAUUCUGACGCGCCUCUACAACAAAGUCCAAGCUUAGGGACACAAUCGAUGUCAGACCAUCCAGGGGACGAGACUGGUGGAAGAAGUCGCAGGAGUGCUACGAGUACUCUUAAUGGGCAGAAUUCAAUGUCGACCGUGGAGGGAAGAGUCGCGCGGAACGGCAAUUCCAAGAGCAUGCACUCGUCCAACUCCACUCUGCCUAAGUCUGGACUUUCAUCUCACCCCUCAAGAUCGUCGGCCUUCGGUUACAAGCCAAUUGUGUACAAAGGCAAACGAAGUCAUGUGACACGAUCCUACCUUGAUUCUCCCAGUUUGAGCGAGAGUGAUACGCCACGUUCAAAGAGGGCAGGAAAUGGCGCAAGCCCACGAGUCGCAAGAUCUAACAAAGACGACCAUGAAGGAGUCGUAACAUUCUUCAAUCACUCUUUCUUUUGUGAGGAUUUGAGUGGCGAUGGAGAUCUCAGUAAUGGGGACUCCGAGCCAUUUGUGGCUUCAAAGAAUGUUUUGGGACUAGGUGAUGCGUUCUUUUUGGAAAACGACAACCUUCGAGACCCUCAAGCCUGCUAUUUCAACCACGGCGACGGAUCACAAGAUCAGGUUGAAGACUUUCCUGAGGGGUAUUAUUCUGAACUUAACAUAUCCUUGGGUACUAUCACCAGUGCCGGAGAGGACGAAACUCAGCCGCCAGAACUUCCUGCGUCGGGCAUAGGAGGUGUGAAGCCUGAAGAGAACUUUGCGAUCGACGUCAAGAUCCUUAGGACGAGAGAGCAGCUUUUGCCGCAGUCGAAGGCCCCGCUGUGGAGAGGAUGCGGUAUCACAAAAAGACCACGAUCUUCUUUCCGUUACCAAAUCAUUGGGUAUCAAAAAUUGGAUUUGCGGCCAUCCCGACUACCACCGCCGAGUUACAUUUUCUUCACGUCGAGCUCUACUUCUGGUGCUGAUGGAGGAAUCGGUUCCAGCAGCUCGAGUGACACGUCCUCUGAAGCCGACGAGUCUGCGGCACCAGCAGGCUAUAUGUGGCAGUGGACUUCGAGUUCACAGGAAGUUUUAGGCGAGGAAGAAGAUUCGGAUUCCAUCUCGGGUGACAGCUUGAUGUCUGAUGUUAUACAGACGGGUCAAGAAAUACAACGGAAUUCCGCGCAAGAACAAGAAGACAUGGUUUUUCAACCUCAAAGAAUAGUCAGCGGCAGUUUGGUAGCGACUGUUGGAGCCAGUUGCAGCGCGGCCUCGAUGGGAGACCGUCAAUAA